GGUGGAAGCUCGCUGAAAAAAGAGCAUGUCUCGCUUGUGCAGCUCCAACCCCGUUCUAGCAUCAUCUGCUUCUGAUCUAGAAGCUGGAACCUCCGCAGAUGAUGGAGUUCUUGCUGGCCGAGUAGGUGUACAGCAACCACGGCGGGAAAAAUAUCAAGAGCCCGCUGGAGCUGCUCACUGCGGUUCGGCAGCCUCGUCUGCGACGCCCGAUGAGGUAGAUUUCGAUGCACCAAGCUCUUCUAGUCGUGAUGAACGAACAAGUGGAGGAAGAAAGAGUAGGCCGCGUAUACUGACCACUCGUGGAAGACGUCGGGGCAAAAACGGCAAAGUACUAAAGGCUUCGUCCGAAGGUACGAUGUCAUUGACCACCAGGAAGAUGAAGAGGAAGUGGAAAAUAAGAAUAACCAGCACACCAGGAACCACUACACGGCGUGGCACAACUACUAGACCCUUCUUUAUCUCAAAGCCUACCCACGACCUGGCACGCUGUCUGCUUUCCUCCCUGUCCCUCCUACCGGUUUUUCUUUUCUCCACGACGAUAUUUUCAUCCCUGUUCGCUGAUGGCCGGCUUGGGAGAAGGAGGAAAGUGCUUCCAGGUGCGAGAUCUAGUACUGCAACUUCUUCGCAGGAUGAAAUAAGGACAAGAACCGCUGUUCUUGAUGCGGCGGCAGCCACAAUUCCUGCGCCACAUGAAGAUGGUCGUCGCGCAGGCCAACAUCCCUCCGGAGAAGAUGCACAGCGAUCAGCACAGGUUUUGAGUAGCUACUUGCACGACAACGUAGCUAAAGUAGACCCUGCGUCAUUAACUACAGCAACUCCACCAGGCCAAGGCGAGCGUUUGCCGUUGUCCGAAGAUUUUUCUUCGACGUCCAGUAUAAAGCUUCACAGCGCGCCGUGGUCGUCUCCUCAGCCGGCAAGAACUUCAACUCCCCUCAGCGACGACUUCGAAACUUUGAGUACCAUUGCACCUUCCAGCACACAGAGUACCCCCAUCGCGCGACAAGUAGCGCCAAGGAUUGUAGGACUGGCAGGAAGUUCAAGUUCCUUUUCGACGUCUACCUCCGGGACGACUUCAGCCUUGUUUUCCGGAUUUCCUUCAUCUUCGGCCAGAAAUGGCGUUGCUUCAUCCUCCACCUCGCCAAGCUACGAAUUUUUACCGGGUUCUUUCGGCACACCAACCCCAUCACGCAGCCGAAGCGCCACGGAGGGUAGUGAAGGGCAACCGGGACGAUUUGGUGUUGAGCACGAGGACGUACUCGACCAAAAGGGACAAGAAUUAUUUCAUCACCUUUGGUCAGAUACUAGUCCGGAGGAGGGAGAUGAGGAAGUGGGGAGCUGCGACGGGGAUGAACAGCAGGAAAGCAGUCGAAAGAGGAGAAGUACUACCACCGACGCUGCGUUUCGUUCGGCACUCGACAGUACAGUAGUGAUCCCGUCCGCGGCUGCGGAGAGAGUCAGCAGACGCGCUUUUCCCGGUCGGGGACAACAACAUCCGCAAGGAAUAAGCGCUCUGGCUUUUGAGCACGACAAGGAGGAUCUUGGAGCAGAAAUAAAGCCGGAGAUAGGGUUGCCGGAACGAGACUCAACAUUCUCAUCUGCGGCUUCAUCGUCCCACAAGGACCAGCAACGGGUACCAGCACAACUACUCCCACCGGCGCUUCUUCCGUCUUACACCGUCGCUCGCUCAAGAGCCUUUUUCCCCUGGGGCCGGCGCACGAUAGGGACCACGAGUGAUGAUUUCUUUUCAACAAGACGGACCUCAUCUUCGACGUCCAGAAGUGGGGUGAAUUAUGCGGAAGGUGAAGCUGUUGUACACCAUCAAGACGAGGAGGACCAGGAGAACACCACUAGUUUCAGUUCGACGCAGCCAGAGGACCUACAUAGACACGACGAUGACCAGACGAAUGUGUUAAGGCGACGAAGAAGAAACACUGAUGUUGUAAACGAAGAGCAAAUCACGAAUCGCAUCACCGGCUGUACUGCACUAGAUAGGGAUGGUGCGGACACAUCUUCUAAUGGUCCUGUGUUGGCCCCCGCUGUACCAGUUUCAGCUCGUGGACAACGGCGUAGUAAAACUAAUUCGUCCCUGUUUUCCUUGGAGCAGUCUACUUCCAAGCAGGAGCUGCAGCUGCAGAACAUGACGGAUUUUAUUUCCAUUGGGAACCUCGUGCAGAACCCAAGUCACCCUUUUCGCCUGUUUCCCAGCUUGUUCCUCUCCAAUGUGGCCGCGGCUGGUGCUGCUAGCAGUGGCAGUGCUGCUAGAAGUGCAGCAGCUUCGUCGUCCAGUCCAAGAGCAGAUCAAAAGGACCCGCCAAGUGCAAGUUCUGCUGCUCUUGCUGAAGCUGGUACGAGUUCAUCUAGGUGCAUCACAACAGAGGAACGGUCGAAGCCGAGUUAUACCUGUGAUCGCACUAAGGAGCGUGCUACAGCCGCAGCUUGCGGUUCACCUUCAACUACAGUAGACGAGGAUGUGAUUUUCUACGACGCAGUGACAGAACCAGAUGAUGCUGCGGACGCCGUAGACUCUUUAGAAGUACCACAUGCUGUGUCACUACCAACUACUAGCGCGAGUGUUGGGACGAGGACCACCACUGACACAGGCAGCGAGAGGACGCAGCGAGAAGAAUUAGGUGGAGAAUCUUCGGAAGAACUAGACAGGCGACGACAGUUACAAGAAGAAGUAGAUGAAAAACUUUCCUCAUCUCCUGGUGAAGAUAUUAUCAAUUCGGAGGCCGUCUUCUUCAAUGACGAGCGAACGGAUCUCUCUCAGUCUCCCCUUCCCAGCUCAAAAUCGUCCAGCAACAGUUUGUAUGAGGAGUUGGAUUGUGAGCUGCAAUAUGAACUGCAAAAGUAUCGUACUCGUAUAAAUGCAUUACAAAUUUCCUCAGCAUGAGGAAUAAGAUUUGCAAUGCGGAUUUGCCUUAAGAAGAAGAUUUUUGAUGCAAGACUUGCAUUUAUACGAAGGAAUGCGAUACUUUUGCACAGGAUAUGCAAAAAAAACUGGAGCAGCAGCUCGAGGACUGGAGAGACCAGACGCUUUUCGAAGAAUUUCAAGAAGGGCUAGUGCUUGCCGAGGGAACGGGAAGGAUAACGCAAAAACAAAGAGAAAGCUGUGCGACGAAGUUGUCACGCGGCGAGGACAGAAAGGUGGGCU